AGAAUGGCCCACAUGAAGACAGCUGUGUCCUUUCUGUUGCUGGUCUACGUCUCGGUGCCGGUUCUUCUGUACCUCUUCCCUUGGGUCCUGGGCCAUGCCGUAUUCUCUCACUUGUUGAGGUUUCCAUAUUUCGUGGAUCUCGACAGACCUCAGGACGUGCUGAACCACACCUGCAACUUCUACCUCGGCACAGAGGAGGGCGUCUCGGUGGGAGUGUGGCAUACGCUCCCCGUCAGCCAAUGGGAGGCAGCCGCUGGGAAAACCCUCGACUGGUACCACGAGUCCCUGGGAGACGGACGCCCUGUUAUCAUCUAUCUCCAUGGCAACGUAGGGACCAGGGCGAUGAGUCACAGAGUAAACCUGGUGAAGAUCCUGAGUGCUGCAGGACACCACGUCUUGUCUCUGGACUACAGAGGUUUUGGAGAUUCGACAGGAGAACCCAGUGAAGCUGGACUGACCAGUGACGCCCUCUACCUGUACCACUGGGCCAAGGCACAAAGCCAGGGGGGUCCUGUUUGUAUCUGGGGGCACUCCCUGGGCUCUGGAGUGGGAACCAACGCUGCAGUAAAAAUCCAAGAACAAGGGUCCGUCAUCGAUGCUUUAAUCCUCGAAGCUCCUUACACCAGAGUUGGAGAAGUCGUGAUCAACCAUCCACUCGCUAAGAUGUACAGGUUCCUUCCAGGGUUUGAGAGCUUGCUCUGGAUGCUGCUGGACAAAAACAACAUAAUCUUUGACAACAAGGAGAAUCUGAAGAGCCUCAGCUGCCCACUCCUGAUUCUGCACUCGGAGGACGACCGAGUCGUUCCGUACCACAUGGGUCAGAAGCUGUUCCAGGUGUCACUGGAAGCCAGGAGAGAAUCCAGCUCAGAUGUUCCGGUUGACAUGAUCUCCUAUGGCACGGGUCGAGGAUUCUCCCACAGCAACAUCUAUCUGGACCCCCAUCUCUCCACCGUGGUUCAGACGUUUCUAGAAAAACUGAAACCGUAAAGUGGAUUUUCCUUCAAGGCAAAUUUUCCAGGAC